AUGGAAACAAAGCAAAGGGAAACCAAUAUUUCAAAUUCUCGUUUGCAAGAUUUACUUCAAAGUCUGUCGAAGUGUAAAAUUGAAUUCACAAAGGAAAGGGAGGAACUUACAAAAUUACGUAAUGAAAAUACAAAAUUAGAAGUUGAAGUCAGAGAAGCUCGUGAAUUAGAAAAAUCACAUCGCUACCAUUUGCAAACCUCUCGAGAAAUGAUCGGCAACCUACAAGAAACUGUUUCCCAACUCAUGUAUCUGAAACGCGAAAUUAAAAAUCUAAAAGAUGAAAAUUGCACUAAAGAUGCCUACAUUAAAACGUUGCAGAUUGAAAAAGAAGCACUUUCGCAUCAACAAAACGAGAGUUUAAACGAAUUAAGGAGUUCCCACGAUAAAACGAUCGAAGAUCUAAAGCUUUCCUACGAGAAAAAAGUCCAACAGGUGCAGAACGAUUCGGACACCCAAAUAGCGCAGUUUUCCUGCGUCAUCGAAGAGCUUAGGAGCAAGAUCAAGGAAAUGGAGACAGAGCAUAGUGAUAAGAUGAACGUAGUGGUUCUCGAGUACGAAGAGAAAAUCCAGCGCAGUGCAGCUCAGAUCGCCCAGUUGCAGGAGCAGUUGGCCCGGCAGGCGGCGCGAACGGACUCCAAUAUCGAUGCUUACAGACGGCGAUUAGAAGAGCUUGAGGAGAAAAUCAAGCAGAGUCAGUUUAAGCAGUACCUGGCGCAAAGUUCGUACCCUUCCCAGUAUGAGAGCCAAGUGGAGCGGCCAUAUUCUGUGAACCGAAGCCCGUAUCCCGAAACCAGUUCGGUAGACUUGGAGCCUGUUUAUGAGGGGAAAUCGAAAUUCUCGCCAGCUAUGACCCAAAAGGCACCAAAACCUGUACCCCUACAGGUAAUGUACUACGGGCCUAAAACGCACUGCCCAGGCCCACCGAAGGCAGAGAAGAAAGGCUUCAACAUAACGAAGAAGCGGAAGCUGUACAACGAGAAAGAUUUUCAAGAUUUCUAAAUUGACAAUGACUUGUUUAACUUUUGUUCCUUAUUGUUUUUGAUAAAGAAUUAAUUACAGCAUGAUACUUUUUUACUAUUCUCCGUGUCUGUUGUUAAAUAAA